AUGGCACCGAAACGCAAAUCGGAUCCCGAUCGUCGAUCGGAUGGUCGUAAGAAACGCUCCGCUGACAAAGUCUCCACAACCUCGGAGACGCCGGCGACAGCUUCCGACGGUAAGCUCGCGUACAACGAGUUCCCGCACAUCCUCGAGUCUGUCAUCCGCUUCGCACCCCGCGACUCUCUGGUCCAACUGCGACGCGUGUCGAAGCACGUCAAGAAGCUCGCCGAGGCUGAACUGUGUCGCCACCUGGUCAUCUACCCCGACUAUGGCAUUGUCAUGACGACUCGCCGCGGUACCAUGGUGAAUGUUGGUGUUGGAACACUCGAGGAAGGAGGCAGAGUGCAGGCCAAUCCGACGUUCAAUGCGUGGUACAACGAUUAUAUCGACACUUAUCGACCGAUGCCGGACUUCAGUGAGAACUUCCUACUCGGCGAAGACGAAGAUGACGAAUUCGACGACGAUGAUGAAAGCGACGACGACGAUGAUGAUGACGACGAGGAAGACGAUGAUCAGGAGCCUGAUGAACCCGACUUCGACUCGGAUGACGGCGACCCUAACGGAUACGACAUUGAUGAGGAGAACGUGCCAGACCUCGGAGCUGCCUUAUUCCCUCAAGGCCAUCCCCCCGGCAAUGGCGGCAAUGAGGUGUCCGACGACGACUCUGAGCUGUCGUUCUCGUCCGAAGGAGAGCAGGAGGAGGCUAUGGCUCUCAUGCAGAUGUUGGUCCAACAAAACCAAAUCCUUGGGAACGAAAGCAUUGUGCCUCCGACCAAUGCCAACGGAGGUCCCAUCGGCCACGCUGGCGAGCUUCUCGCCGCGGCUAUCGCCGCGGCUAUCGCCGCAGCCAACGGGAACGGCGGCGCCGGUGACUCUGACAGCAGUGGCAGCAGUGAAGGAGAAGGAGGAUGGGAAACCUUCAGUGAUGAGGACGAUGACGAUGGUGAUACUGAAGACGAAGAUGACGGUCUAUCCGACGGAGAGAGCGACCUCAUGGACGAUUUCCUCGGCAGACCCGGAGGUGCGUUCGCUGAUACCGGGGAUGAGUACAGCUCUGAAGAGGAGAUGGGUAUAGAGGAGUUCAGCCACAGGCUUCCUGAGCAGGCGGCCAUCGCAAUGAAGAACGCCGAGGUUGUUGACAUUUUCCAACGCCCACCCUACCGCGGCAUCAUUAGACUGAUGCGAGCGACCAACAAAGUUCACAGCGUGCGGUACCAUCUACCCUAUGCUCAGCCGCACUCGAUGGUGAAAUGUUUUUACGCGUCCAAUGCACCUCGAGUCGUCCAGUUCAGCCUGCUGGCUCCCAUCAAGCAAUACGAUCUCUUUGACGAGGGAAACCCCGGCUCAGCUCUCGGCCGUUCGACGAGAUUCGUCGACUCCACGAAAUUGCGCCGCGGGUGCAAGAAGGCGGUUUUCAACGUUGCAUACGAUGUCGGCUGCAAAGGCUUGCGCAACGGCCGCAUUCGCUUCGACGAUUACCCUGACACCGUCGAGGAAGUGGUCUUGAUCCUCACCAAAACGGCGUGGGACAUGAAGCCGACAGCGAAGGGCAACCGCAGGGACGCCCGACCGUACGACGGCAAGGGCUGGUUUGAGGAGUUUGUGCUUACCGAAGCCUCCAAACCGACCCACAAGCUCACAAUUGUCGGACUUCAGGACGUGCCGCCUGGCGCCCUGUCCCUCAAGAGGGACGCUACUCCCGCCGAGAAGAUUGCGCGGUUCGACUACAGGAUGCACGAGGCGAAGCGGUUGCUGACGGACGACAACUUCACCAGGCAGAUCUAUUGGGAGAUGGAGGGCCCCUCAGAGAACUGGGAUGCGGAGUUUAAGAAGUACAUGGAUGACCUGGAGUACCUCACGCACGACGAGUACAAAGCCCGACUUGGAGCCGCUGAGUGGUCGAUCGAGAAUGAAAUACUGCCAGGCGUUCGUCACGGAUCGUAG